UUACAAUCAUUGCAAAAAUAGUUUCGAGUUUAUUUUUUAUCUCCUUAUCGAAACGUCAAACAAGCGGCGGAGUUUCAAAUUUUAAAAAUAGCUUGAUUAUGACGCAUUAAUUAGAGUAUAUUUUUUUGUCCUGUAAGGUUAUACUCGAAGUUUACAAAUGGAAUCUUGCAUUAAUGUCGAAAAGGAGAUCGAAAAAGUGCUUACUAAAUUUGGAGCAUUCAAUGACCACGUAUGGAGAACAUUAACCGAACUUAUCGAAUAUGUACAAGGUAUUCAGAAAGAAUUCAAUGAAGCUCCUAUGACAACUGAAGUGAGUGCUGCUCAAGCUCUUAUUUUGACUCAGUGUGCAAAAAGAGUGAAAGAUGUAGUUGCUUCAAUGGCGACUGAACAUAGAGAUUUACAUGGAACUGUUUCAAAAGUGGGAAAAGCUAUUGAUAAAAAUUUUGUUGCUGAUUUCGCAUCCACCAGCAAUGAAGAAGUUUUUCAGGGACCAGAUAAUGUUAAACUCUUAAAUCAAGUGAUAAGUGAGCAUUUCUUAAGGCAAGGAAUGCUUGAUAUUGCUGAAGAACUCAUUAAGGAAACUGGUCUACAAAUGGAGCAGCAAAAAAGAGAACCUUUUUCAGAACUGAAUAGAAUCCUGGAUGCUUUAAAAAAAAGAGAUCUAGAACCUGCUUUAGCAUGGGCUCAAUCUAAUCGAUCAAAACUCAUAGAACAAAAUAGUUCCUUAGAAUUCAGGCUUCAUAGGCUACAUUUUAUUGAAUUACUUCAACAAGGUGUAUUCAAACAAGAUGAGGCUAUAACAUAUGCUCGCAAGAAUUUUCAGCAUUUAGCAAAUCAGCAUGAAAAAGAUAUUCAAGUCUUAAUGGGCUGUUUGCUGUACCUCAAACAAGGUGUCCAAAACUCACCCUAUAGUUACUUACUAGAUCCGAUCCACUGGGCUGAAAUCUGUGAUAUCUUUACUAGGGAUGCUUGUGCCCUCCUUGGCCUAUCUGUUGAUAGUCCUUUAGCAGUUUGCACCAAUGCUGGUUGCAUAGCUCUGCCUGCACUUUUAAAUAUUAAACAGGUCAUGCAGCAAAGACUUGUGACUGGAGUGUGGAACACAAGAGAUGAACUGCCUAUUGAAAUUGAUCUUGGUCGGAAAUGUCAUUUUCAUUCCAUUUUUGCUUGUCCUAUUUUAAGACAGCAAAGUUCUGAAAACAACCCGCCAAUGAGGCUUGUAUGUGGUCAUGUUAUCUCUAGAGAUGCUUUACACAAAUUAGCUAAUGGAAGCAAAUUAAAAUGCCCUUACUGUCCAGUGGAACAGAAUCCAUCUGAUGCAAAAUUAAUUCACUUUUAAACCUUCUUUAGAAACCCUAUAUGGAAAAAAAAUGGAAGAAACCAUUAUUCCACUACAAUAUGUGUAUUCAUUUUCAGAAAGCUCGGUGCCGAACUCUUUUCAAUUCUCAUUUUGAUCUCAAAAGAAAAAUUUUAAUCUUGUCAUAUUUGUCAUUCAAACGAUGUUUCUGACAUUCACUCUAUUUUGAAUUUUCCAGAAACAAUUUUAUAUCUUUGUGGUGUAAAAUUUUUUAUACUUACAUCCCUCCUGUAAAAUAAUAACCAAAAUAAUAAUAAUAAUUUCACAUUGUAUAUGGCAUGUAUUAUUCAUUUUAGUAAUAUGGAAAUAUAGUACAUAUAAUCUCUGAUGUUUAGUUAGAAAUUGUUAAAAUAGUUUUGUUCUUAAUGAGAUAUACAAUUCUCAUCAAAAUGGGAAAAUCUUAUCAAAGGCAUUAUCCCUUACAGAUAAAAGCAAUCACUGCUGUAAGUAUAUCUGAGUACUGUUCUGAAACUGUAUAGAUUGAUAUACAAAAUAUAAAUAAACUAAAUAUAUAUUUGAUUUUACAGGCAACUGGUGUGUUAUAAUUAAUUCAGAAUUUAAUUUUUCAUUGAGAAAUGUACAAAGGUACUUAUCAAAGUUUAUUUGUGCUGAACUAAAAAUGUGUUCUUACCUUUUUAUACUAAUCUUAAUUUUAUAUUCUUAAGUAUCUAGAACCUUUAUAUUUAUUAUGUAGAAUCAAAUAAAUUCAUUGUGUGCAUCUAUAGUAAUGAAGCAAAUGGACAUCAUAUCUAAAUUUGUUACACUAUGAGUGGUAUUUUUUAUAUCUCAUUGCAAUAUCAUUUACUAUCUUGCAGUAUUUUGCUAUUAUCAUCUGUUUAGAAAUCAUGAUUGGUUUGAAUUAAAUUUUUAUUAACAGGUUGUUUUUUUUUCAGUUAUUGUUUCAAUAUAUCUCACAACAAUAUAAUGUUUGCGAUAUUUUUAUGGUUCUCACAUUUUUCUUUGAGUUUUAUUUUGUGCAGUUGUCUUUCUGUGCUGCUGUGUUGCAAUAAUUUGAUCUUUGGUUAAAUUAAUAUCUACACUUUGUGAAAGCCCUAUGAAAAAAAAUAAUUCUGUCAAAAAAAUUUUUAAAAAUACUCGCUGUUGGAAAAAGGAGUUAAAAAUAGAACUAUAAAUUCUUUUUUAUAUGAAUGUUAAUAUAGUUCAAAAUAUGAAAGUUUAAUGUAUAUAUGUUUCUAAAUAUUAGAAUUAACUGUAGAGUUAAUUUUUUUUCCAUAUUUUAAAAAAUAUCCUUAUACUUAGAAUGCUAAUGAUGAGAAAUAUCUAAUACUACCUUUAUUGAAGCAUUUUUCUUAUUUAUAUUUAAUCCCAUGAAAAUGCAUUUGAUAUACUCGCAUGUUCUGUAUUCAUUUUAGAAUUUUCAGUAAAUUUUUCCAGCUGAGUGUUUUCAACAUAUUUAUCUCAUUGAUUUCCACACUGGAAUAAUUUAUGAUUUAUCGUAUUUCCUUGGAAAACUUUUGAAUUUCGUACCUUUUUGUUAAUGUGGAUUUUAAUUUGACUGUUGUACGAUAAAACCCGCAAUAAACAAAUAUUUCGCGUUUAUCAACAAAAUUUGAGUAAAACAAAAGUUUCAAAAUUCAUAUACUUUUUGUGUAAAAUCUUAUGAUUUUAAUACGUUUUCAGUGGUUUAAAAUCUUAAGUAUUAUGUUUGACUUUUUUUUCUCUUGAUUUGAAAGAAAUUCAUAGUUAAUUUAGCAUCUUUUUAAGAUGUUUGCUUCCAAAAUGGUAGUUCUAAUAAUUUAUUUUACAUCUAUCUUAUUUUUAAAGCUUUAUUUUUGUAUAUUAUAUAAAUCUGCAUAAUUGAAUUUAUAUUCAUUGAAAUGAAGAGCAGUUAUAAAUAAUUUAUUAAUAAAAAUAUCACCUAGUCUGAAUCAUUUAAAAAAAUGUUCCUAUUUUAUUUUGCUGUCUCGAUAUCAGUUUGAAAGAUUUACAUACAAUACAGCUAAAUUAUUCAAGUGUAUUUAAUGCCUGAAUGUAACUUCCAAAAUUGGAUUUGUAUGGAAUGCAUAUUGGUUAAAUUUUUUCUAAUUUUUUUUUUUUUUUUUUAGAUAUUAAGUACUUUGUUAGAAAUAUUUUGGAAAUGUUUCUUGUAUUUUAAGUAUUUUUGUGGAUUUAGGAAAAUAUCAUUCUUAAUAAUACUUAUAUUAAUUAAUGUGAUGUUUAAAAUAUAUAAAUUUAUAUGUUGGGUGAUAUACGAGAAGAAUGUU